CUGAAGGGUUAAAGAAGGAAACCAAUGUGUGCAAAAAUGCACUGUGGUUUAUUAAAAACAAAGAUAUUUGAAAUGAUGCAUUCAUUUUCUUUAACUUUGACCUUUUUAUAAAUAUUAACUUGGAAACAGGGAGAGCAAGUCUGUAAAAGAAAUAUCAACUUUUGGAAGCUAUGUAACUGUCUUGAAUAAAGCACAUAACCCUAUGCUCACAUGCACAUGCUGUGCAAUUUUCCCCCAUUGCUGCUCUCGGAUUUACUCCAUGGGAAAAGAAAUCUAUUGCUAUUUUGGGUUUUCCACGUCACCCUUUUCGACUUGGCCACGAAAUUCCACCCGCCCAGUCAGUGUAACCAUUGAAGCAUUUAAGAGAUUUACAGACACGUGCAUGCAGCUGCAAUAUUUUUGUAUUUUGUACUGUUUACAAAGUGACGUCAUAGGGUGAGUAUUUUAAAUCUACAGGUGACAUUGCGCUCGAGAAACUCAUUUGGCCAAGUAAACUCGUUUUGGCGUCAAGUUUGACAAAUAAAUAGUUACGGUGUGUUUACAUCUUUCUAGACACUGGCUUAAUUAGGUGCGCGUUCUCGUAUUCAUUAUAGGCUAAUUAUGUAUAUUCAUAGACAGCCCGCGGAGGGCGGAAAGGAAGAAGGGAGGGCGUCGCUGUUUAAAAUGCUGUGAAUGUGACAGCCAGUCGUCCAGACCGCCAGCCUCAGCUCGGAGAGGGAAUGAAGAGACACCUCCGCGGGGAAAAUGCGCGCGGCGGCAGUAGCAGCGAAGUGACGCGUUACGCGCCGCUCCACAAGUGCUCGAACCCGAUCGCCCUUUUGAGGGGACAAACAUGACCGUGGUGCCCGGGGAGAACGUCGACGAGACCGUGGCGUUGACAGCCCUAUCCCAAGAUGUUUACGACCCCGAGCGCGCGGGUCAGGAGUGCUGCGAGCGGGUGGUUAUCAACAUCUCCGGGCUGCGCUUUGAGACGCAGCUGAAAACCCUGGCGCAGUUCCCGUCCACCUUACUGGGGGACCCCAGGAAACGAAUGCGCUUCUUCGAUCCUCUGAGGAACGAGUAUUUCUUCGACAGAAACCGACCCAGCUUUGAUGCCAUCCUUUACUACUAUCAGUCCGGUGGAAGGUUACGGAGACCCGUCAAUGUGCCCGUGGACAUCUUCUUGGAGGAGAUUAAAUUCUACGAGUUGGGAGAGGAGGUCAUUGAGAAUUUUAAGGAGGACGAGGGGUUCAUCAAGGAGGAAGAGCGACCUUUGCCGGAAAACGAGUUCCAGCGUCAGGUCUGGCUUUUGUUCGAGUACCCAGAGAGUUCUGGACCCGCGAGGGGGAUUGCGAUAGUCUCGGUGCUCGUCAUUUUAAUCUCCAUCGUCAUCUUUUGCUUGGAGACUUUACCAGAGUUUAGGGAUGAGGGGAAAAUGCACGAGGAGCAGCUCUCCAUCAACGGAACCGUGAGUUCAAAGAAGCCAAAUCCCUUCACGGACCCGUUUUUUAUCGUGGAGACCCUCUGCAUCAUUUGGUUCUCAUUUGAGUUGCUGGUGAGGUUCCUUGCGUGCCCGAGCAAGCCCGCCUUUUUCAAGAACAUUAUGAACACCAUCGACAUCGUGGCGAUCAUACCCUACUUCAUAACCCUGGGUCUGGAGCUGGCAGAGCACCAGGGCAACGGGCAGCAGGCCAUGUCACUGGCCAUCCUGAGGGUCAUUCGCCUGGUGCGGGUGUUCCGCAUCUUUAAGCUCUCCAGACACUCCAAGGGUCUCCAGAUCCUGGGGAAGACCCUGCAAGCGAGCAUGCGGGAAUUAGGGCUGCUGAUAUUCUUUCUCUUCAUCGGCGUCAUACUCUUCUCCAGCGCCGUGUAUUUCGCCGAGACGGACGACCCCGACUCGGGGUUCAGCAGCAUCCCCGACGCCUUCUGGUGGGCGGUGGUUUCCAUGACAACCGUGGGCUACGGAGACAUGUGCCCGGUCACCAUCGGGGGCAAGAUCGUGGGCUCUUUAUGCGCCAUCGCCGGCGUGCUCACCAUCGCGCUCCCGGUGCCCGUCAUAGUGUCCAACUUCAAUUACUUUUACCACAGAGAGACCGAGCACGAGGAGCAGUUACAGUACACGCACGUGACGUGCGGUCAGCAACAGCAGCCUUCGUAUGGCGAGUUUCAAAGGAGCGACAGCAAACAGUCCAUGUCCAAAUCGGAGUACCUGGGCUCGGAGGACGGAGAUUCGGUCAAGUACACCAACUGCAGCCCCAAUAAAGCAUGCACGGGAAAACUCACCGAUGUGUGAACGCGGACACUUACGCGCCCAAAUAACGCAUCUUUCUACGUGCGCGCAUCCUUAUCAUUGCUCGGCACGGGCAGAUGUCUGUGAGGAACACAGCUUCAUCUGAAAAACAUAACUGUGCGAUUAUUUUUAACUGUGCGAUUAUUUUCUUAACUGUCUUCCGUUGUUGUGAUCGUCGAAGCGCGUGGCGUAGAGUAGGACGCAGUAGCUGUAAAGCCGCACAAAAGUAUAGAACGUAAAUGAUUAUAUUUAUUAGAUGCAAGCCAAAUGAAAUCAAGCUGAAGCACUUUGCUCGUGUACUCCUUCGUUAAGUUUUACGCAAUUUCGGUAAUGAAGUUUACCUACAAUGCGCUUUUUUUGAGAGACCAAUAUCGAUAUUUUACUUUUUAGGACAGUUGAAAUGCAAGCUAAUUAGAAAAUAAAUAAAUGAAUAAAAAUCCCCCCACACUUGUUCCAGCUAAUUCCUGUUUUUAUUGGGCGUAACAGGUGUAGCCUAACAUUUACAUUUGAGAUGCGCAUAUCUCCAGAAAAGCUUUAUUAUUAUUUCAAACAUCACGUUCUCACUUAUAUUAGACGUUUUAAACAUAUCGACAUAUAACUUUACAGGCCAUUGCAUCUUAAUGUUCUUGGCAAAAGCAACAUUUGUGUGAGCAUCAUAUGAUCAACAGAUGUGUAGUGAUGGAAUGAAUAAGCAAGCUGCAUUUCAAGUCUCCAUCUCUAGAUAGAUUGUAAAAUCUAGUAGCACCACCUAGUGACCAUAGGCGGUAGCUGCACCCAAAAGGAUGUGUUUCCAUAGCAACCUUCCAGACGGUUCUCGAGACAUCAGGCAAUACAUUGUUCUCUUAAUUCAUUUGUUCAUAUAAAACAUGAUUGUUUCAUAAAUAAUACGCAUUUAAAAAUAAUUUCAAAUAUUUGACAGCCCAAAAAUCCGCCUCGUGCAAUCCUUCAUAGAUGAUCAAAUACAGCGUAAUAGUUUUACAAAACUCUUGUCCACGCCGACCAGAAUGCAUCUGAUAAACAUGAAGAAACAUCAACAUUUCUUGCUCUGCAACCAACGCCACGAGAUCGUGAGUUCAGCCCAUAGGUUCAGACAAGGGAUAAUUGUGACGUCACUGCGAGGAGGGAUAACUAGGAUGCCUAUUGGUUGGAUUAAAAUCAACUUUACAGAGGAUUCCUGCAAUGUCAAAGGGGGAAACCGAAUUGAUGUAUCUGCUCAGACCCCUCCAACAUACGAGAUCCUCUCUGCUCCUUUAAAUGGAUUUCUACCACAGGAAUAAAAAUGAUUCAGGUAUGUGGAUGGGACACACGUCCAGCUCUUCAUGUAACCAACCUGAACCUUUCAUAUGGGAAGAAACAAAUUACACAAUCUACAAAAGACAACAUUUUAAGGAGCAAACGUCUUUUUUCUAUUGGAUGUUUUUGCCUUGAAUGAGUUUGGCAAGAUUAAUAGGACACCUGGACAGUGUGGAAUUACAAAAAAGCGAAGAUUUUAAGAGUGUUGAGGUAGAAAAUGAUUGACUUGAUCAUGGAUUACAUGCACAAACGAAUGCUUACCUUACGUUUGUUUGCCCCAAAACAACAUGCUGUUGACAUGAGUGUGUACUGUACUUAUGUAUGCAUAUACAGUGUGUCUAUAGACCAGCAAAGUGUCACAUUUAAACGUUACAUAUCAUACAGUAUGCUUUACCAAAACACAUUAUGUCAUGGGUGGAGUUGGGCAUGAUAUACAUUUUUGAUUAUUGUCAUUAUUAAUUUAAUUCAUAUGAAAUGGGAACAAUGACAAAAUACAAAAAUAUUAAUAAUGACAAAUGACUUGACUGUUCAGGUUGACAUUGUUAAAUAUCUAUUUUUUUAAAGUAUCAUAUAUUUUAUAUAAGAACGGUGUGGGUUGAAAUGCUGAAAGGUUAUUUUUGUAGGUUUUUUUUAAGUUAAUUGCUAGUUGAUUUGUUGAUUUUCAUUUUCUUCCUUCACUUGUUUUAUUUUGGCUGCAGUAAAAAGAAUCGAAAUGCUGAAAUGUUCAAUUCUGUCACCUUUUCUCCUAAAAUUGUUUAUGCAGUACACAUCAAAAACUGGUUUGUGUCUUGUACGGUAUGUUGUGAUUAUUGAUAGUUUCAGAAUGCUUCAUCGCCAGUCAUUGAAAGCAUCUACCUCACUGUGCUGAUUUACUGUUUGUUUACCUCGCUGUAUUGAGUUACAUCGAGCACAUCAUAAGCCUUAUUUCUGGAAAGGCUCGCACGGACAUUUCCGUGUAACUGUAAGGAGGGCACGAUGUGUUGAGCCUCUGUAAAUAUACUCUGCAAAUCAUCAAGAGAUUUUAAUGACACGCUUUAAUCUGAACGUGGCAUAACAAUUCCACUGCGAGGAAAACUUGUACAAAAUGCCCCCAAAAAGUUUGAGAGUUUGCUUAUGUUUUAUAGCAAAAGUGAGAUUAAGAUUUGUGAAUAUAUUUAUAUAUUCAUGUGUAGGUAAAAUACAGCACUUUUCCAUGAACAUGACAAACAGUUUGUACGUUAAGGGUAAUUCUCUCAUUGCAGUGCUUUUCACAAAAAUUUCAACAUUUUGUCAAAUCAAAUUUAAAGUCCACAUACUUUAGGCCCUGAACACACAUCUUUGCAUGCUACCCAGUCUUACAAAAAUUAUGUACCAAUAGUCACGUAAAAAAAAAAUUUGUUUGUUUUUUCCUUUACGUUAUACUUUCAUGAAUUUCUGUGUUUUUUCGUGAUUUUUUUCAUGAAUUUCUGUUUAUGUGUCAUUGUCACGUAUUGGUUACUCAACUGCUUUUUCCUAUUUUCGCUUUGAUUUAGGGUUAUUUUUGGUGUUUGCAUUAGGAUGUCACUUCAAGUAUUGGUUUACACUGUUUUUUCAGAUUUUUUUAUAUUUUCUAAAUGUUAAACCAGUGUAGCCUUGCAUUAGGGUUAGUGUUGGGUUUGGGUGAGGAUGUCAUUUUAUUUAAACCUAACCAUAAACCGAAGCAAAAAUGGUAAAAAAAAAUUAGGACAAAACAGUUGAGUAACCAAUACAUGACACGAAAAAGAAUUAAAAAAAUUACAUGACUAUAGGUAAGUAAUUUCGUGUGACUGGGCUGCAUCAUAACACACAGAUGUUAUUUUCCACAUAAUAAUCAUUUGUGUUUAAUAUAAUUAUACAUUGACAUUAACGCGUUUAAAUCAUGCUUUAUUUAUUUGUGUAUUUAUGGAACAGAGCAGUAAUGGGUUUGAGCUCCGAUUCAUUAUAGGAAAGUUAAUUGUAUCCUUAGCAUCAUCACACGAAAGCAUUCCCACAAGGCCCUGAAAGUAAGGUUUUUACAAAAAAAUUUUUUACUAUUGCAUUAAAUUUGGUUGUUUUUGAUAUAAACGUCACACAACUUGCAACAAAAAAAGUGAAAGUGAAAGAUUGCCGCCCAUAACAGCUCACAGCCAGAGCACUACAAUCCCACAAUCCAUCCUGACAGCGUAACGCUUGACUUCCAUAGAAAUAAAUUUAAAUGGAUUCCCCAUCGCUAGGAACAACAAAGCUGUCUGAACCGUGACCUUUGUUGUGUAUUUGUUUCUUAAAAACCAAAUACACAAGAAAGCAAAAAUAUAUGUAAUGCAUUUUGACCAUUGCAUCACUUUCAGCUCUUGACGUUUCUGCUUUUUGGUCUUUGAACAAUAGUUUGAUUUUUCUGUUGAAUGCAGCAUAAAUCUGACGGUCUGUGGUAAUUGAACAUCAUAGUGCCGUUCAUAUGUAAACUGUGGACGGACUCGAAUUGAGGUGGGAUAAUUCAAUUAAGUUUAAACGUGAAUCAUGGAACCUUCCUGCUUUAUUUUCAUAUUUCUGUCGGCUGUGUAUACUCACACAUGUAUUUAUUUACACUGUUGCCUGCUAAGAGAAUUAUGCAAAGCGAUGUGCAUUUCUUGUUCCUUUAAUCUCAAGUGUGGUGUAUUGAAAGCAGGGAAGUGCACUCGAUUAAUUGAAUUGAAUUGAUCACAUGAGCUGAUCGCAUGAGAAUCGCUGUGACUGCUGAUUAUAUAUUGGCACUUAUUGGCUUGGUUUCACAGAUAAAGCUUAGCUAAAGCCAGGACUAGGACUUCAUUAAAUUAAGAUGUUUAAGCAACAUGCCUUAGAAAAAGACAUUACUGGUGUUGAUCUUGAGACAAAUCAAUAUCACUGGCUUAUUUAAAGAUCUGUCAGUGGAAGUUAUUUUCAGUCGAGACGCCUCAAACACGUGUCUAUAGGCUUAAGUCU